UCCAGAAGAGUUGGUCCGGCGUGAGAACGACGGGAGUCCUCCCGAAGAUGAACAGAUCGGACAGCGAAGAGUCGACCUACCGCCGCAGCCCGUCGGUGGACAGCGGGGACCAGCCGGGCGCUCACGGUGGUUUCCGCCGCUACAGCAGCAUGUAUGGUGGAGCCAACACCUCCUUCUUCGGGAUGCACACAAACCCCGGGCCCAAAGCCAGCAAGACGGAGUACAAGUCGCCCAAGGGCAGCAAAUACGUGGUUUUUUACCUGGAUCUCUCCUUUAUAUUCCUCCUAGAGUUGAAGAGGUGCAGCGUGGCCCAGAACUGCCUGCAGUGCCUUAAGUACCUGAUGUUUCUCUUCAACCUGCUCUUCUGGUUGGCGGGCUGUGGUAUCCUGGGUGUGGGCAUCUGGCUGGCUGUAACACAGGGCAACUUUGCCACACUCUCUGCCACCUUCCCCUUCCUGUCUGCUGCUAACCUGCUCAUUGGCACCGGCACCGUGGCGAUGGUGGUUGGAUUUCUGGGCUGUGUCGGGGCCAUCAAAGAAAACAGGUGUCUCCUGCUGUCCUUCUUCAUCUUGCUGCUAGUGAUCUUCCUGGUGGAGUUGAUUGGAGGAAGCCUCUUCUGCGCCUACAGAGUCCAGGUCGAUGCCUACGCCCGUGAGGACCUGAAGGAUGGUCUUCAGCUGUUCGGGACGGAUGGGAACAUUGGUCUCACCAACGCCUGGAGCAUCAUACAGACAGAUUUUAGAUGCUGCGGAGUUUCGAACUACACGGAUUGGUUUGAGGUCUUCAACGCAACGCAGGUCCCAGACUCCUGUUGCCGGGAAUACACUGUGAGCUGUGGCCUGCACUCCCCGGAAACUUGGUGGAAAGAUGCCUGCUACGAAAGAGUCAAGAUGUGGCUUCAGGACAACCUUCUGGCUGUGGGGAUCUUCGCAUUCUGCAUGGCCCUGGUUCAGCAGUGUGACUAACUGAUGGCUGGCGGGAGUGCCAGUGGGCGGUAUGCAGAGGAAAGAGGGCGGCUGGUCGAGGCCUCCAACCCUGGGCCUAGAUUUCGUCACGGAGGUGGACUAUACGCACACCAUACCGAUUUUAGACACGCUUCAAACACGGCCUCUCCCCUUUCCGCUGCCCAACCCUCUGCUCGGACGCUGUGGCCUCGGGUGAAGCGGAGCAGUGAAGACCAAAAGCCAAACGGCGUGGGAUCCAGCGUGACUGAUGGGCGGGCGGGGGGCACCGUCGGUGGGAACCCUCGGCCCACACUGGGCAUCGGGACUUCAAACCCGCGCGCCGCCAGAUCCACUGAGGGGAAAAGAAACCAAAGGCACACGCAGCAGGGCACAGCCUCCGUUGGCAAACUGCGCUGAGCAGGCAGACCCAAGGCAGAGAGUUGCUAAACAUUUGAAAACGUGGCACAGGACGUGUCUGACAUGUGAGUCACAGGCCAGUUCACUGUCAGAGUGCAGAGGGACGGUGACGUUAUCUGGUCACAGUGGGGACAGUGACUUCACCCAUUUGUUGCGGUAAUGUGGGUCAGUACUCCACGAGACACCUACAGAGCAGUGGGCAGUGUCCUCAAGCAGGCUGUUAACGUGUGGUAGGCUGUCAAACUGCCUGGUGGAGUUACUGCCCACAAAAAAGUAGCUCAGAGGCUGUACCGGUCUGUUACAGUGAUGACAACAAUGCGUUUAUCAACCUGUUACUUGUAGUGGCUCAGUGACUGUACCGGUCUGUUACAGUGUUUACAAUGUGUUUAUCAACCCGUUACUGUAGUGGCUCAGUGACUGUACCGGUCUGUUACAGUGUUUACAAUGUGUUUAUCAACCCGUUACUGUAGUCGCUCAGUGACUGUACUGGUCUGUUACGGUCUGUGCAACAGCGAGUUUAUCAACCUGUUGCAGUACGGUAUUUCAUGCUGAGACCACGGUACUCUGGGACAUUGUAUUAACUAACUUAACAGCACAGUAGAACAAGGGAGGCCACAAUCUCGAACAGUUCCGUUUAGUUAUGUUUUUGCUCAUCUGUUACAGUGAGGCCAAUGAUUUAUCAGUGUGUUACGAUGCAGUGGGACUUUGAUGUACCAGUGAAAUGUGGGGUGUUACGCAGCACCCAUUUACCCAACUGGUCAGAUGCUGAUUUUAUGGAGGAAUUAUAACGCAGUGUGUCAUUGCCUCUGUCGGUGUUACAGUUUGGGGAGACGGUGCCUGGUCACAAUUGGUUACAGACCACUGGGACGGUGAUGUUAACACCCUGUGUCUGCACAGUGGGGAAAACGCAAAUUCUUAACGUGUCAUUUUAUAAAGGGUGUCUUCAGUUCCAUGUGGGAUAUCAGUAUUACACAUCAGAAACAACAGGACUGCGGAUGCUGGAAUCUAGAUGAGAAACACUGCGACGCUGGAGGGACUCAGCAGGCCGGGCAG